AUGAUACUGGACAACCAGGACGAGGCCAAGGCCUCUAAGAGAAAGCGGUCCCGCGGGGAUGAUGCAUCGCGAGAUGCGAAGAAGGCUGCCCCUGAUCGAUCUGUUUCUGUUCGGUCUGCCUCUGUCGAGGCCGUUGAACCCGCCGCUGUCCAACCCGCCUCUAUUAAGGCUGUUCUUGAGGCUGUUCCUGAGACCACUGUUCCUGAGACCGCUGUUCCUAAGACCGCUACUCCCGAGACCGCUAUCCCUAAGGAGCCUCGGGUGGAGAAGGCUGUUCCUAGUAAGCCUCGGGUGGAGAAGCCUAUUCCCAAGAAGCCUCUAGUAGAGAAGGCUAUUCCGGAUGAGGAUGUAGUUGAUUCCAUGAUGGAUGAAGCGGAGGAUCAGUACUUGUUUCCACCUGGUUUCUUUGGAGAACCUGAAUGA